AAUCGCAAUGGCUCAGAGCAAAGCAUCAAAGCCUUCAAAGAAGGAGCAAAAAGCUUCUGAGGCUGUCAAGGCCCAGGAAAAGCCAACACGGAGCGAAAAAGAAGUCGUCGACGUGAGUGAGGGAGAGAGCGAUGCCACGAGCGAGAGCGCCAGUGAAAGCGAAUCUGCCUCCUCUUCUGGCUCGGAAAGCAGUGCCUCAGAAUCUGAGAGCAGCGAUGAGAGUCCUAAUCAGAGGAGCCAGGGCCAGAAUCACCCAUCUGUAGUAAAACCUGCACAACCACCAAGGGUUUUCACUGCGCCUGAGGGGUUCAAAGCUGUUCCUACUGCAUCUAUCCCUUCUUCAAAGGCUGCACGUCUUUUCUCUUCUUCCAAUCUUGCUGGAAAGCAGAUCUGGCACAUCACUGCACCCGCCUCCGUACCUAUCGAUUCUAUCAAAGAAGUCGCACUAGAGAAUGUGCAGAAGGGAGAGUCUGUUCUCUCUCACAAGGGCGCUGAAUAUGGCUUUUCAAUAAAUGAAACCCCAGCGGAGUCGAACACCAAACUCCUUGUACCCAGCGGCAGCGGGAACGGUUACCAGUUAGUCCGCGAUGGUGUUGCGCAGUCAUUACAUCUCCACCAACUUGUCCGGAUACCAAACCUUCCUCAUGCCGUUGAGGAUUCUCCCGAGAAGGCCAGCGAGAUCCCCCCGGCGCCCGCGAAGAAGCCCGUUCGCCAGCAACCAGAAGACCUGAAGAUGCGCUUUUUCCCUAUCGGCUCUAGAGCCAACGCAGAUUCGGACACUGAAAUGGCCGACGCGGACGACGUAACCGUGCAAAAGUUUAGAAUGCCGACCGGCGCCGAUCACAGCUCGCGGAAAGAAAAGCGAAAACUCCACGAGGUCAAUGGCACUCAAGAGUCAGAAGAGCAGGUUCUUCCGGCAUCCAACCAGGACGAGGAGGCGCGGAGAAAAAAACACAAGCACAAGCACAAGUCAGACAAAGAAAUUCGACCUUCAGCAGAGGGCGAGAGCAAGGAAGAACGGGGUCGAAAGGAGCACACUGAGGCCGACGAGCAUGAGCGACGACGUGAAACUAGCGAAGAGCGGGCCAAGCGGAAACGCAAGGAGAAGAAGCGUGAAGAAAAGUCGAAAUCAAAGGAGAAGAAGAGUUCCAAGCAUUGAAAGGCUUGAAAGAUAUUGCGCCAUUGAACGGCGUGUUGGGCAAAAGUUUUUCUUCUUCCGUGCCUUUUUCUCGUCUCAUAUGGCGUUCAAGCGUUUGGUCUUGCAGUUUUGCAUUUCAAAAGGAUCUCACUAGGGAAAUAGAUUGAAGUUGGAAAUCAUGUCAGGUGGGGCAUGUCUUUUCCCUUGCUGUAUAUAUUUCGUCUUCCGGACACAGGAUUUCGGCGCGGUUUCUCAUCCGUUGCCGCGUGUAAAAUGAAGCAACAUUACAACUCGAUCCUUUAAUUUUGAUAGUCCGCAAAAUGGAUAUUCGAUCAAGCAAAG